CUCAUUAGUCAUAACUUCCUCUUAGAUAGGAAGAACAGUGUGUUUUAGUCGUUUGUCACUUAACAAGGUUAACAGGCUGCAGAGAUGUGGCUUUACCUCUGCUUUCUCCUCGUAGGAUGCUUCUGUCACAGAUUUGCUGACAUUCCUGUAACGACUGUGCUGCAGAACACAGUGGCCGUGCUGCCCUGUCCUCAUAAGAAGGGAAAUGUGGAAUGGAGCCGCUAUAUAGGUGGUGAAAGGGUGAUUCUUGUCACAAUCGAAAAUGGCGAAGAGAAAAAAACUAACAAAUGCUAUGGUUCCCAGGCAGAUAAUUCGCUGUUGAUAACAAACGUUCAGUCUACUGAUUCUGCAAUGUAUAUGUGCAAUAAAAGUCAAAUAUAUCUGAAAGUGACAACAGAUCCCAACAUGGUGGGUCCCAAUGCUGGAAAUGCACCAGUCACACCAAGAAACGAUGGACUGGGUUUUGGGUCUGUACCAGGCCUGAGGGGAGAAGCUGCAGCAGAGGAAGCAGACACAGAGAAGCAGCGAUCCUCAGACCUUUGGAAAGUACCUGUUGGUGUCCUCGUGGGUGCUGCAUCGGUGCUUUUAGUCUUCUUCACCCUGAGAUUCUGCUCGAAAAAGAAAGCAGGGACAAACUCCAACAUGGUCGAAACUGUGACUGAGGUGAUUUAUGAGGAGAUCAAAGAUGGCGAGGAGCAGCCAAGGACGGAGUCUGAUGUUGAAAGUCCUUACUACUGGGCAAGCAUCACUGAAACACCAAGCAGCUUGUCACCACCAAAUUAUAAUCAGUACAGCACCAUUAACAAGCUAAAGACUGGAGGACGCAGCUAUGAGGAGUGUGUGUACUACUUUGCUCAAAAUCCACCACAGACAGGAAACAUUUAGUUCUCAGCAUUGGCGCUGACUGUCUGUUUAGAAACUGUUCACACUUAACAGGCUGAAUCGCAGAGUUGCACAAAUUGUUUAAAAAAUAUAUAUAUGUAUAAAACUUGGACCUGGGUAAUACAUUUUUUCAUGUUAAGACAAAAUGAUGAGAUAUACGCAUUUAUUAUUUUCUCUCUCAAUUAGGAUUUUUUUUCAUAAUCUGUACUUUUUAUUUGAUCUCACAAUUUCACAUUUUAACUCGUAAUUAUGAUUUUUUUUUACCUCAAUUAUCUAAUUAUUAUUUGAUUAUGGGCCUUUUCACAAAUUGUUUCAUUCUGACAACUUAAAAUGUCUUUGCUUACUUCACUGUAGUCUUGAGGCCGGUAGUUAAGAAUAAAAAAAUUGAGGGAAUGUGAUGAAGAAACAGUUCGGGCUAGGCCAGUUGAAAACCCAAAACAUAUUUUCGCUAUUAUAAAAAUCUUUGUUAAAAUAGACAACACAGGGUGCAAAAAACUGACUGGAGUCAUUCAAAGAUCGGUGCAAAAAGGGUUUUUAUUCUUUUACAAGACAAAAACCUGAGUUACAUUUUGGCAAGCUAAAGAUGUACUAACACCAUCUUUUAUUAUCCUCAGUUGCACUAAUUUUGCCAAAAGUUUAACACAUCUUUUGUGUUUCUUAUGUUAAUAUUUACUGCAUUCACUAUAAAGCUUCACUGCAACACUGUUGUAUAUAUAUUUUUGGAUGAUCUUGUCUCAAUAUUCACCAUUAGAACUUGUAGUUAAAAGCAUAAUUUCACAGCAAUAAAACUUUUAAAGAGUAGAAUUCUCCACUUGCACAACUUAGUGUGACGUAAAUUUUUAUUUUACAAACUGCACAUCAACUGGCUUCCGGUCAGCGCUACAGUACCGUUAGUUUCACCGCCGAUCUCGUUAAAUCUUCUGAUACAUUAAUGUUUUGGCCACUUUUCAUAGUUCAUGGUCAUUCAUUCAUAGUUAGCUUUGUACAUAUUGUAUUUACUGUCAGUUUUUGUAUGUAGUGAGCCCAGGAGAAAGCAGAGACAGUAAGUUGUUAUGAUCAUUGUUAUGAUCCUGCUGACACGUGAUGGGUGGAUGCCAGAUCAACUUCUGUGGAUCCCAAAGGCCAGGAACACGAGGAAGAGGAACUACUCAUCCAGCAGAUGUAGAGCAUGUCUCUGAAAGGCAUUGUACAAAAGAGGUUUAUUAUGUCUAGCAAUUGUUUCACAGAAUAUCAAUUACAUCAUACUUCUAUCAACAUGAAAUAAGCCUACUUAAUGCAAACUGUGCCAUCUUAUAAAGCUUCAUAAUGUUGCUGUAUUUUCACUACAUAUGUUCAUUUAAAAUGUAGCCUUGGCCUACAUUUACUGGUUAAAACCAUUACAUGUGGUGUAGUAAUGCUACAGUAAAAACAUACAGCACAGUGCAACUUUGCAAACCAGUGGAAUAAUAAUUUCCUCAUUUCUCUGCUGGGCUCUCCUUGCUCGAGUGACCCGGAUAAUUUUGCCAGUGGAUGGUGGAUGAAUUUUAUUGUCCUUAGAGCACCAAAGAAAAGGAUCCACUCAGAGUGUGGACACAUGGAUCCAGACAGACGUUUGUUCUGUUCAAUAUCUUUGUUGUGUUUUAAUAUAAACCAAUAAACGUACUGUAUUAAAAA